AUGGAGGAAAAUGUUAUUAUAAGUCAACCAAAAACAAAAAGAGAGAUAAUACCCACAGCAGGAAAAUCAAGAGAUGAAAUGAGAAUCUUUAUAUUUGAGUUUUUUGGAAUGGCUUUAUUUGCUUAUGGAAUCAUAUGUUCCUAAGGGUCAGAUGAGUUCUUAGCUUUGUUUUUCUUUGCAUCAGUUUGUUUGGCUGCUCCAUUUUCAGGAGCACAUGUAAACCCUGCUGUUACUUUGGCUAUGGUUAUAUCAAGAAGAGUUAACUUUGCUUAAGCAGUGAUAUAUUGGUUAGCUUAAUUUUCAGGAGCAUUAUGCGGAGCUUGCUGUUGCUAUUUAAUUUUGAAUGAAGUAGAUAGCCCUGAAGUUAAGAGUACUGAGUACUCAUGGAUACUAUCAGAUGUAAGUGGAGAGGCUUUCGGAACAUUUACAUUUAUUUUGUUCAUACUUAUCCAAACAGACCCAGAAACAACCUUAACCCCAAAAGGAUAACCUAUGACUACUUAUGUAUUAGUUGCUUUGGCAUUGUAUUUUUCGAGAGAAUUUACAUUCCAUUCAGGAGGAUGCUUAAAUCCAGGCAUGGCAGUUUCAUUACAAUUAUUCUAAUCCUUAUAAACAGGAGACAGGCAGAGAAUGGACUUCUUAUGGGUUUACGUAGGAGGACCAUUAGGAGGCGGUUUUGGAGCAAGCGUGUUUUUUGAACUUUUUUAUAAGAAAUAGAUAAAAAGACUCUGA